GAAACCCAGUGAACUAAUAAUUCCCAUCAACAGCAGGUAGAUGUGGACACUAACCACUCUUUUACACUUGUACAUGCAUGAAAAAAAAAAAAAACUUUGGUCAGAGUUGGAUUGUCUGUCUCCACAUCAAAGCAACUGCUCAGAUACAAAUUCUAGCUCUGAAUGAUUUUUUCUUCUUCCUUUUGUUUCUUGCAGUCUCAGCACAAAUCCAUUGUGAUCUUUGCACUGAUGUGCUGCUGUGCUGUCCUGAUAGCAUUAAUAUUCUCUGCUAUAGAUGUGUGGGGGGAUGACGAGGACAAUAUCGAUGAAGCAAAAUGUAGCAGAUCCUGCCGUGUUGUGCUUGUGGAGAAUAUUCCAGAAGAUCUGUCCACUCCAUAUAAGGACACAGUUUCACUGGCCACUGGUCUCCGUGACCUUUUGGAUAAAGCACACCGAUCUGUUGAUAUUGUGUCACCGUGGUGGGCACUGAACCCUACCGAGUAUGAGUCAAAACCUCCCCAGGCCAAACAGGGUCAGAUCUUACUCCAUCUGUUGAUGCGUCUGCAGUCUCGGUCAGUCAGUUUGAGGGUGGUCAGUGAACUAACUAAUUCCUCAGAGCUCAAGGCACUCACUCAGAAUGGUGCGGAGGUGCAUUACCUGAACAUGACAGCCCUCACUAAAGGUCACAUCAACUCCUCCUUCUGGGUGGUGGACAGGAAACACAUGUACAUAGGAAGUGCUGGCAUGGAUUGGAGGUCACUGUCAACGAUGAAGGAGUUUGGCAUCAUUAUUUAUAACUGCACAUGUCUGGUGUUGGACCUGCACAGGAUAUUCAACCUAUACAGGCAACUGCAGUAUAAAGAGUUUUUGCCAUCAAUUUGGUCCAAGAAACUGAACGCUCUGUAUAACAGAGACAAAAACCUUCAACUUCAUCUGAAUAACACUGAAGCAAAAGCAUACAUUUCUAGUUCUCCAGAUGUUUUCUGCCCAAAAAAACGGACAAAAGACCUAGAGGCCAUUAAAAGAGUCAUUCAAGAGGCUAAGACAUUUAUCUACAUCUCCAUAACCAACUAUUUACCAAUGCUCAACCGCAGCCAACCCAAGUACUGGUCACACAUCGACAACAUGCUCCGAGAAGCCUUGAUUCUGAAAGAAAACAUCAAAGUACGGCUGUUAAUAAGCUGUUGGGAGCAGACUGACCCACUGACGCUGAACUUCCUGUGGUCUCUGAAAGCACUAUGCAUAGAGUCAGUCAGCUGCUCAGUGGAGGUGAAGUUCUUCAUUCCUCAGAUGCAGAGCAAUGGAUAUCUCUACGGAAUCAAUCACAACAGAUACAUGGUGACAGACACAUCUGUGUAUCUAGGGAAUUUAAACUGGGUGGGCGACGAGUUUGUCUACAACGCCGGUGUUGGGAUGGUGAUCAGUCAGCAGGUGGAGCAAAACAACUCGACUGUAGUUGAACGGAUGAAAACUGUCUUUGAGCGAGACUGGCAUUCACACUACAGUAAAACUCUACAGCCAAACAAGAUCCCAGCAUGCAGCAUGCACACAGUCAAAGAGCAGCCUCCGUCAAGCGAUGCUGUCUGAAAAUGACAUGCAAACCUUAAAUGUAUCAAUCAAUUUGUUGGCUGUGUUUCCUUUUAAUUGUACUUAGUUCAUACAACGAGCAAGGUUUUCUAUCAAAACCAUUUUUGUAAGGUAAUAACUAUUUUGCUAUAUUGUUUGACCAGUGUUUAACCUGGUAUUAAGAUGCAUUUUCAUGAUGCAAUCACAAGUGGUACAUCUUUAUCCUUUUCAUUUGCGUCAUUUACGCUAUUACUCGGAAGCCAGGAAACAUGGGUUUGUCUGAUAGACUGUAUUUAGGCACACCUCUCUGCACUCCCAUGAAAGUACUGUAUGGUGUGGCAAAAAAAAAGAAGGGUCUUGACAAAAUCUGAUUAUAAGUGCUCAUAGGAGAUGCAUUUGAGAUACAAACAUCUCGGCUGGCACACACACAAAUGCAUCUAAAUAGCACAUGGAGAUGUUGUAUGACUUGCUUUAAAAUGUUUGUCUCUGCUUAAGUGUUACGCUGAGAUUUUCUAUUCUGCAAAAGGUUUUUAUCUUUAACUAU